AUGGCCUUUCCGAAUUUUCAGGAGCACCCAAGCUGGAGUGAGUUGAGAGAAGCUCUUGAGAUGAAAGGGAAAGGUUGGGGCAGGGUUUUAGACAACUUGCAAGAUUGGCAGCACUUCCUGGAUGACUACCAAUGGCUCCGGUGGGAGCGUUCGGGUCUUCAGAGAGAAGUGCAGCAAGCCAAGAAGAAGCUCGAAGACUGGGAGGCCAAUCUCCGCGAACGGGACAUCCAAAACUGCAAGGACACAGAAAACCUCCGCAAGAUCAAGCAAAGGUGCGACGCUCUGGAAGCCGAGAACACUCGAAUCCGGAACGAGUGGCAGAGGAUGAAAAAGGACCAGGAAAAUCUGACUGCCAGAGAGAAGGACUGGAAAAUUCAAAUCGAAGUGCUCAAAGAGGAAGAAAAGAAGCUGAAAGAUGAGAACAUGGAGCUCAAGGUGAAGCUGCGCGGUGGUGGCGUGCCUGGUGCACCUAUGGCACCUAUGGGACCUAUGGCCAUGCCCCGGGCGCCAGACUUCGAUGAACCCAACUCCCUGCUACCCUCUGAACUGCUUGGGCCAGACCAAUAUGCCGGGCCCAACUCGAUCAACUCGAGUCUUCCCUGGUCUGACAGUGGCGAUGCUGGAUUUUUUGUGCGGACCCUGGGGGCUCCAGAAUUUGUGCCCCGGGGACCAUGA